AUGGACCCAUCAACUCAUAUAACUUUAGGACAACAAGUUCUUAUUAAAUUACCCUCAAAUAACUCCAAAAUUUGUGAACUAAAAGCGAAUGAAGUUAUUAAUUUAGGGAAGUUCGGGGCUUUCAAAGUCAAUGACAUUAUCGGUUAUCAACUAGGUACGACUUUUGAAAUUUACUAUGAAGACAAGGACACCGAAGAACAGGACCCCAAUCUUAUCUCAUCCAAAGAUAAAGUUGUUACUGAUGCUAAACCUAAAAAUAAUCAUAAGCGGGAAAGGAAAGAUAAAUUUCCUAAAAAACCAGCUGGUAAAGUCAGAAUUAUUAAAUCUUCAACAUUCAAAUCCUCAUUACCACCUAGCACUGAUGAAAUACUACCAAACACAAACAGCAGCAAAAAUAAUGAGCAGCUAAUUGAUAUUGGUAGUGAAGCACAAAAACUCAGCAUGAAAGAUAUUGAGGAAUUGAAAAAGCAAAGUAUGAGUGGUGAAGCUAUUAUUGCCAAAAUGGUAUCAUCUCACGAAAAUUUCCAUAAAAAAACGAUUUAUUCCCAAGAAAAAUAUUUGAAAAGGAAAAAACAAAAAUUUGAAAAAUUUUUUAAAGUGGAAUACUUGAAUCCAGGCAAUUUGUUACAGUAUUUAUUAGACAAGGGUGAUAUUUUAAGGGUUCUCGAUAUAAGCUGGGAAAGUUUAGAAAUUUUAUUGAAUUUGGCAAAUAUUCAGCCAACAGGGAAAUAUUUGGUGUGCGACGAGACUGGUGGGCUAAUAGUAUAUGCCAUUAUGGAAAGGAUGUUUAAAGGAUUAAAUACAAAUGAAAAUGGUGAUGAUAUUACUGGCGAGAUUGUAUUGGUCCACGAAAAUGAACAUCCAAAUUUAGACCUUUUAAAAUAUUCCAAUUUUUCCGCAGAAUUUAUCGAAAAGCAUGUCAAAACACUGUCUAUGUUAGACUAUUUAGAACCACCAACCAAAUUAGAAGUAGAAAGCUUAUUUGUAGCAUUAACAGAAGAACAAAUUAGCAAUUUAAAGCCAGCAAAAAAGGGAGCUUACUAUCGUAGCCUUAAAUUUUAUGAACGAAGUUUAGAAAACAUUAAACUAAGUCAGUCCAAAUACGAUGGACUAAUAGUUGCAUCUACUUUACAUCUACCAAGUUUAAUACCCAGGUUAAGUGCAAAUGUUCAUGGCUCUCGCCCAAUUGUUUGUUAUAGUCAGUUCAAGGAAGUGCUAUUGGAACUAAGCCAUUUAUUAUAUGAUGACACCAAUUAUUUGGCACCCAGUUUAUUAGAAACACGUUGCCGACCAUAUCAAACAAUUCGAGGAAGAUUACAUCCAUUGAUGACUAUGAGAGGAGGUGGUGGGUACUUAUUAUGGUGCCAGAAGGUUUUACCUGCCAACUUUGACCACAUUUGA